GGAAGGCGCGGAGCACGGUCGGGAGGCCUCGGUUUGCCUCGCUCGGGAGUGAAGGAGCGAGGGGCCGUUCGGGCCUUUUCCCGCUUCGCUUCUCCUCUCGCCGGGCGGGGCGGGGGUUUGGGAUAAACCCGGCGCGGGCCUGGCCCCGCAAGGCUGCGCGCCCUGCCGAGAGCGAGCCUGGAGCGGGGGAGAAAGGCGGCCCGGCCCCGCGGGCCGAGAACAUGCCCGCAGGCGGCCGCCGGCGGGAGCAGGGCCGCCCUCCGGGCGUGCGGCGUGCACAACGUCUGCCGCCUCCUCAGCCGCAGGGCCCACGGCUUCUAUGCCAGAGAUGCCGGUGUCGCCCACAGGAAGAACCUGGGACUCCUCCGAAAGAUCAUGUGUCAGGAAAGUACUAAAUUCAAGAACGUUUGGACAACUCAUUCUGCAUCUCCUAUUGCAUAUGAAAGAGGAAGAAUUUACAUGGACAAUUACCAAUGCUGUAUCACCAGCAUUGCACAACAGCCAAGACUAAUUUAUCAAAAGUCAAAGUGUGCCAAGUCUGAAAAAAUAGAAGAUGCUUUGUUAUUGGAAUGCCCACUGGGGGAAAUGCUACCGAGUCCAUCUGAUUAUAAAGCUUCCCUGAUAGUCCUGACAGUGCAGAACUGGCUUCUACGUCUCUCUGCUGAUAGUGGAGAAGUACUGGAAAAAGUGUACCUUGCUGGUUCCUGUUGCAAAUUCUUCAGGUAUCUGAGCUGGGAUACUCCUCAAGAGGUAAUGAUUGUAAAGUCAGCUCAGAAUAAGCUCCCUGCAGCAGCACGGCAGGCAGGAAUCCAACAGAGUGUAUUGUUUUAUCUUGCUGUAUUCCAAGUUUUGCCUCUUUCAUUCAUUGGAAUGCUGGAAAUAAACAAAAAGAUUUUUGGUAAUAGUGUGACAGAUGUUGCUGUUUCUAAUGGAAUCCUGAUUGUAAUGUAUAGCAUGGGUCUGGUCAGACUCUAUAACUUCAAGGCAAUUUUGGAACAGUUCAUGGAGCAGCCAUUUGAUUUGGGACAAGAAUUCAACUGGAAUGGUCAGGUGGGAGUUGUAGGAAAGUAUCCAUUUGGUCUUCCAUGUAACAUUAAAAUAACAGAUACCCCACCUUUGCUAUUUGAAGCAUCUUCUCUGGAGAAUGCAUUUCAAAUUGGAGGUUACCCUUGGCAUUAUAUCAUCACACCUAACAAGAAAAAACAUAAAGGAGUCUUCCAUAUUUGUUCUCUGAAAGACAAUACUUUGGCAAAAAAUGGCAUACAGGAUAUGAAAUGCUGUUCACUUGAACCUGACUGGAUAUAUUUCCACCCAGAUAUGUCAGGUAGAAUAAUCCACGUGGGACCAAAUUUGAUAAAAGUCUUAAAGCUUAAGGAAGUUAAAAAUCAUGCGGAUCAAAUGGAGAUUGCAGAAGAUUUUACGAUUGUAGCCAACAGAGAAAACUGUGUGAACAACAAUGUUACUGUAACAGCUUCUGGUCGAGUGGUGAAAAAGCGUUUCACCUUGCUGGAUGAUGACCCGGAACAAGAGGUAACUGAUGCAACAUUCAAAAUUGUGGACUAUGAAGAUGAAUUGGAUUUAUUAUCCACUGUGGCAGUUACUCAGAUAGGAGCUGAUGGAAGAGCUCACCUUGACUUUCAUUGCAAUGAACAUGGGAAUCUGCUUAAGAGUAUUCCAUUAAAGGAGUCCUGGGAUGUGACUUACAGUCAUGAAGUUUACUUUGACAAAGACCUCGUAUUACAUAUAGAACAGAAGCCUAACAGGAGAUUCAGUUGUUACGUUUACCAAAUGGUAUGUGAUACUGCAAGAGAUGAUGAUUCUUAAUGCUACAGAAAAACCCAGGAAGUGCUUAGUAAAAAAAGGAGGAAGAACUUUUGUAUAUAUUUAAGCCAUAAGCACCAGCUACAGAGACUUUUGGAUGCUAUUGAAGGAUACCGCAAAAGAUGAUGAUUCUUAAUGUAUGAAAAAAAAAAACAAACAGAAAAUGUUUUGUAAAACAAGUAGGACGAACUUUUGUAUAUAUCUAAGCCAUAAACACCAGCUACAGAGACUUUUGGAUGCUAUUUAAGGACUCCAUACAUAGUAGUCAACUACCGUUUUUCUGGCUGGAUUUAAUCUUAAGAUUUUGUACUAUUACUACAUAAGGUCUUGUUUCUUUUUUUCUUUGUGUCACUGUAUGCUUGCCUGUAGUUCACCAUGGCUUUUCAUGUAUUCGCCAGUUCAUCAUUAAUGCUAGAUGCAGCAUUUAUUGCUUCUCUUCAGCAAUAGGAUUGAAAUACUGGACAUCAAGGAGAAAGACAUGGAUUUACUAUCUGCCAUCUGCUGUGAUCUGACUUAUAUAGUUUUACCUAUGCAACUCUAACACAAACUGCUAAUUAAUCAAAGUAUGUAAAACUAUCUAGGAUGAAUUUUGUAUGUAGUAUGAAAGUUGUAGUGUUACCAUUAAACGCUUAGACAAAA